AUGCCUAAAACCAUAAAACAAAAAAAUUACAAUCGUGUUAUUAAUUCAAAUAUCGAUUCCAAGUUUGAUAGGGAAACUAAUAAUGGCGACGACAACUAUAAUUAUGUUCUCAAACCAACAUUCCCUUCCAGACUAUCAAUGAAUGAAAUUAUAGGUGUAAUUAAAUCGCCUAGCAAUAAUAAAAAGGCAAAAACAUUUCCAAAUGCUUUCAUCGCGUAUAAAAUAGCAUUAAUUAAAGAGAAUCGUAUUAGAAACAUUAAAUUACCUCCAAUGGGCCAACUUUCUAAAAUUGCAUCAUGUUAUUGGAAUAAAGAAUCAGAAAACGUGAAGGAAGUUUAUAGAAAACUAUCAGAGGAUGCUAAAUCUUUGUAUAAGCAAAAAAAACAAAAUGAGCACACAAUUCUUACGACAGAAUUUGGUUAUGCCAAUAAUACUCAAACUAAAGAAGUUGAGGAUAUUGUCCAUGCGACAAAUUCAUCAAGUGGAUAUCUUACGAAUAAGGAUUCUACCGUCGGUGCUAUGACAACGGUACGACUAGCAUUUUUCAGGUUGGAAAUUGUCCCAAUUAGUAGAUCCUAA